CGCGAUGUACGUGCAGGAGUACGGCUCCGAGUGCCCGGAGCCAAACACCAACCGCGUCUACAUCUCGUACCUCGACUCGGUGCGCUACUUCAAGUCGGCGCCCGAGGGGCAGCGCACCACCGUCUACCACUCGAUCCUCAUCAACUACCUCGACUACGCGCGCGGCCUCGGCUUCGAGCACGGCCACAUCUGGGUGUCGCCGCCCAAGCAGGGCGACGACUACAUCUUCUACGCGCACCCGGAGGUGAUGCUGCAGAAGCGGAUGGGGCUGCUCAAGCUCAAGGAGUGGUACGAAAAGAUGCUCAUCAUCGCGAAAGACAAGGGGGUCAUCGCCGAUUUCCAGGACAUGCUCGACGCGUACAAGGACAUCGAGUCGGCCUCCGACAUCCCCGUCUUCUCUGGCGACCAUUGGGCGGCGUCGAUCGCGCUCAAGAUCCAGGAGCUCAAAAACAAGGAGAAGGAGCUCGCCAAGAAGAAGGGGGGCGGGCACAACGGCAAGGGGAGCAAGGCGGCGAGCGGCAGCGGCGUGCACGCCGACAUCAAGCAGGAGGAGGCGCUCCUCAACCAGAUCCAGGAGGAGAUGCGCUCGAUGCGCAACCACUUUAUCGUCGUGACGCUCGCCGAGCAGAGGCAGGCCGGCAAGCGCAACAAGGUGGUUGACCCGGUGCCGAUCAUGUCCAACGAGUUUGUGGACCAGCGGUCGUCGUUCCUCGAAAAGUGCCAGAUGUACCACUGGCAGUUUGACGAGGAGGUCAACGCGGCGCACUCGACGCUCAUGCUGCUCUACUACCUGCACGGCAUGCACCGGACCGCGGCGGCCGCGCGCCAAAAGGCCGCCGCCGCCGACCUCGCCGCGCGCGGCUUGGGUGGCGCCGGCGCGAGCAGCGAGCAGCAGCAGCGCAGCCGCUCCUCCAAGAUCGAGAUGGCGAUGCAGGACUGGACGCAGCUGCUCAACCACGCCAACGAGGCCGCCGCCUCGGAGACGUGGGAGCUGCCGCCCGAGGAGCUCUUCCUGCGGAUCCUCGCGCAAAUCAACAAGUCGAAGCGCGACAUCCUGCAGGAAAAGUAUAACCAGUGCCGCGACCCGUCCACGACCGCCGCCACCCGCUCCGUCUUCAUCCGCGUGCUCAAGCGGAUCGCCGAGUCGUUUAUGUCGUGCCUGCACAACAUGCAGGCCAACCGGCAGCUGCCGAACGCCGCAGCCUCGUCCGCCGCGGCCCCCGCCGCCGCGAGAUCCGCCCCCGCCGCCGCUGCUGCGCGGCCGCCCUUGCCCGCGCCCGGCCUCGCCUCCGCUGCGCCGUCAGGACUUGCUCCGCCGCCGGCCAGCCCAGCCGCCGCUGCCGCGAGCGGCGCGGCGCCUGCUCCGAGGUUCGCCCCCGCCCCCUCGUCUGUGUUGGGCUCUGCUCCUCCCACGCUGCCGCCGGCCACCCCGGCCACCGCAGCUGCUGCGGCCGCCGUCUCCAGCGCGGCCGCCGCGUCCACCGCCGCCGCCGUCGCCGCCGCCGCUGGCGGCAUCGGCGCGGUUGGCUUGCCCGGAUGCGCCGGCGCCUCUGCGGGCGCCCCUGGGCCCCCGGGGCUCGCCGCCGCCGUCGCGUCCUCCGUUGCGGGAGCUGCGCCGACGCCGGCCACCCCUGCCGCAGCUGCGGCGGCCGCCGUCGCCGCCCCUGCCGCUGCCGCUGCUCUCGCGCCUGCUGCUGCCGCGGCGCCUCCUGCUGCUCCGGCGCCGCCCGCCGCUCCAGCGCUUGCUGCUGCCGCUGCCGCUGCUGCUGCCGCUGCUGCCGCUGCUGCCGCUGCUGCUGCUCCGGCGCCUGCCGCAGCGUCGCCGUGACGGGACAAGGUAUCGUGUGCGGGGCACAGCUUGGUGUCUUUUGUUCGUUGUAACUCUUCUCUCUCAUAAAUCG